UAGGAUCGCUUUCAUAACACAAAACAAUAUCUGCUGUUCAGCCCAUGAGUGUUGUUAUUACAAAAAAGGAAGUAAUUUACAAUAGAAACUGUCACAGCUGAACUUCGCUUUUGAACAUCGCAGACCAGAUGAUCACGUUCAUGCUGCAUACAAUCCUGGCGAGCUGACAUUCUGACGAGCGCUAAGAUUUGCUGAAUGGUUUUGCUUCACUCUUCCGUGUUGCGGAUUAAAGUACUGCAGUGAUCGAAUGAUCUCAAUGAAAAUGGCAAUAGUCUCACACGUUUACUUGUUAUGUAUAUUUAUUGUAGCGGGCACAGCCGACGAUUUCAUUUUUCGAAAAGUUCACUUAAAUUCUGCAAAGGCUGUCGGCUUUUCGUGGUCAAACUGUGGCGGAGACAAAGACCCGGCUGUCAUGAAUACGAUGUCCUUGUCACCGGACCCCAUCGUUAUUCCGGGUGACUUGAAGGCAAGCGCCGCUGGCAGCACUGCUGUGGCGCUCAGCUCGCCGCUCUCUGUUAAUGUUACUCUUCACAAAGAGGUUGCUGGAUUUUGGGUGAAGGUGCCUUGUGUGGAACAGAUUGGUAGCUGUGACUACGAAGAUGUCUGCCAGCUUCUUGACACCCUGAUACCGCCUGGACAGGACUGUCCUGAACCACUUCAUACCUAUGGUAUUCCUUGCCAUUGCCCAUUCAAAUCGGGGGACUAUACCUUACCGGAAGCAAACUUCUAUCUUCCUCAGGUUGAUCUUCCUUACUGGUUAACAAAUGGAAAUUAUGAAAUCGUAGGAGUCCUUGGCAACAACGGACAACAGUUGGGCUGCCUUAAAGUCACCCUGUCCAUUCACACUGCCUAAUGGAUUACAAUUUAGGCAGUACUAAAGAUCAGAACAUUUUCUCUCUACAUUCUGUUUUUUAUGUCAAAACCUUUUAAAUACAAUUUGGUAACUUUUAAAAUCUUACCACCAGCAUGGGCUGCUAAAGCAGCACUUUAUCUUGGCUAAUAAGAUUUCAUUUUAAAAUAUACAAAUAAUAAUUACUGUAGUUAAAUCAUUGAUCACAAUGAGAAAAAUACACAUUGGGUUGAGCUCUUCGCUUUUUCUACUCUAAAUUUUCUGAUUGUUUGACAGUUAUGUGCAAAGUGAACAAGCAAUAUAAAACAUUUAAGAAAUCGGCACACAAUGCUUAGUCCUACAGUUAGGCCCAACGCCAGCUAGCCUGACAAAACCAUACAUAGUUACUGUCAAUAUAGUGAGUGCAACUGUACACAUCCAGGAGGACAGCUGAGAAGUAGAAAGCCUAAGCAGUCUCAAGAUGUGUUGUAAAGAGGUGAAUUUGUAAGAGGUGCCUGAACAUCUUUAGACUUGGUGUAGCUAAGAUGGUCAUGCGAAGAACAUUCAACUGCUUGGGAGCAACGAUUGAGAAACAUUAUACAUUUCUUUACAUUAAAAAGGUGAGUAAGGGAAGAAAGACACAAAAUCUAACAUGACGUAAAGGGUGAACAAUUGUGUGCAUUUACAACUUUAGACUGCAGUCUAAACUUUGAAAGUUCACAACCUUUUCCCAUUGGGUCUAAAACUAGCAUGUAUAGAUGUAGGUAGAAUUAUAAAUAUUCAGCAUCACUCUCCCUACAAAUAGUUCUUAAAAAUAAGGCCAUUUGUAAUGGGUGUGGUAGCAGCAUGUCCUUGAUGAGGACAUACGAGGGACGUUCAGAAAGUUUCCACACUCUUUUUUAACUCUAUUUAUUAAGAAUUUCAAAAACAAAUUACAUCACUUUUCUACAUAUUCACCUUCAUUUGCGAUGCAAUUUUCCCAACAUCGUACCAACUUUUUAGUGCUCAAUUACUACUCCUCCCGCCUUCACAGUUUCCAACAAAAAUAUAAAAGUGUGGAAAGUUUUUGAACGUUCCUCAUAUAAAUAAGUAUGUUUUAUUUAUGAGCCCAAGUAAUAAUUAAAAGCUGUUAAAGAUAAAGUAGCUGCUCAGUUUUGGCAGGGAGUUUAGAAAAAGAAUGAUCUGUCUCAUAAUAAGACUUUAUUCUCAAUACACUCACAAAAUCAAAUGAUGAAAUGAAUCCAGUUAUGUGACAAAAGGUUCAUUGUAAGUAACUUGAGUAAUUUGAAAAGAAUGAACAUUAUUGACUGAUUAGUUUAGCAUUAGCCAAAGUAGUCAGUUUGACUGCAAUGUAAUAUACUGGAUUUUAAUAAAUAUUUUAAUUUAAUAUUCCUGAAUUACAUUGUUUUCUUACACUAAAUUCCUGCACAUUAUCAAGUUAAACUUUAAAAAAUUAUUAUUCUGUUUGUUUAUGUAAACCUAACAUAAAUUAAAUUAACACACUGUUUUUAAUACCGUGUAUAAUUCCUAUUUGUACAUUUUUUUUCUGUGAAUGACUUCUAAAAUAUGAUUUGUCAAGUGUUAAUUCAUUUUCCUAUGAAAGUGCUAUUGUUAUAUAGGGUGUCCAUCAAAUUUGCCAAUUUAUCUGUAGGGAUUCGGCAAAGAGGCUGAGAGGGAGAGUCUGUUGCUGUGUAAUGCAGGCCGCUUAUUCACUUGUGGGGUUGGGGGUGGAUGAUUCCUUUUAGCCCAAAUGAAACAGUUGCUUCUUCAAACUCAGAAGCCCUGGUUAGCUUCUCAGUGUGAGAAUGUGAAGUGGAGAAGGACAAGGUGUUGAGUGAUUCCUCACCGAAUCAUUAUUGAAUAAAACAUCCUAGAGCUGCUUCGGCAAAUGAACAAACCUCAUGGUAUUCCUAAAAUGUAAAUUUAUACACAUAAUCUUUAAAUAUUUUCUUCCAGAUCUGUACAGGUGUGGGGAUCCUAAGAACCUUUGCAACAUUUUGACAUGAGGGGUAUUCUUUCCUACAAAUCAUAAACUUUAUGCAGAUUUAGAAUUUUUUACCAAGAAAAUAGCCUAUGAUAUGUUUUUGAAAAAUAACCUCAUAAACACCAUUCCACCCAAAUCUUUUUAUAACUUCAGUGAAAAGUGUUAAGAAAUAAUUAAACUGGGACUGGGAAGCCCUCAACCUUUCAGUGCUGGGGUGUGUCAUUCUGAAGUUUGUAGUGCAUGUGUCAUGAUUGCAAUUGUUAAAACUAAAGUUGUGUUCACUUUGAGUUAGGUAAACUUAAUGUUGUCGCGGAAUAGUCACCAAAUCAUUUUUUGAGUAUAAAACAUUUAUUUUGAAUAAAAUCAACUUAAGACAGUUGGAUAAUCGUAACAAUCAUGAGAAAUACAUUAUAUGUCUCCAGUUAAAGUAACGAAAUCCGUUGACCUUGCUACAACAUAAAGAUUACAGACAAUGACUUAUGUCAAGCUGAGCUAGCAAUAGAUAUGUAGAUAAAGCAAAUCAUUUUCAAUUAAGUUAACUUGAAGUACCUGCAAAAAGAUUGAGAGCUAAUGUUUUCAGUUCACAAUAGAAGCAACAGACUUCAGUAAACACGCAGGAGAAGAAGAAGAAUUGUAAUCAAGGCAGGUGUUCAGUAAGAGAGAGGGAUCUGCUUCUGAGCCCACCAUAAGGCUGUACAUGUUUAAGAGUAGUGCACCCCUGUCUUAACAGUAUCCAGUACCAAAUGCACUUACUGAAACUGUUCAAGUAAACGGGGAAACAAAAAAUGUCUAUUAAAUGAAAUUGCAAUUUUAAAUUUUUAAAAGGAGAAAAUGGCUCUUGCAUUUCUAAAAGGUCUAAAGUAUAGUGUUUAUUUUUCUAGUAAGUAAGUUGGUUCCUUAGAAUUCCUGUGAUGGGCUGGUUUCUCAUCCAGGCUUGGGUUUGGCUUUGUGCCUGAUGAUUCUGGGAUAGGCUUCAGCUUAUAUGAAUUCAGGUUUAAGAAAUAGAUGGGCAGGGAGACUGAUGGACUUCCUAGGAGUUUCUUAAUGGAACAGCUAAGGAAAGAGAAGGGAAAUAGUAACGGGAAGGCAGUUUACAUUUAAUCCAUUGAUGUUAGAGCAAAAUAUUUAGCAACAGAAAUGCAGUUUCUCUGUCGCCAGUUUAUACAAAGUUGUAAGGUUUUCCUUCGUUCUUUGCGUUGUUUAGCAUUGAUUAGUUGUAAUCUUAAAGUGAGAUUUCUUAUUUAAAUCAGAUGACUUAGAAUUUCUGCCUUUCACUUACAAUCUUUCCAUCAAUAAACAUAUUUCUGUAAUUUGAGUUACUGAAAAAACUAAAUGUAAUAUCGUCCAGUAUUAUGAUUUUAUAUAGCAUCCUGGGAUGGUGCAUGCUUUUAUUAGCACUAUACUAAUUCUUUGCUUAAAUGCACUGUUACAGAUCUGUUUUAAAAAUACAAACUUUUUAAAAGUAAUAUAAUGAAAUUAUGGGAAGCAUGGAUUUGGGUUUGAUUUGUGUUCAUAUUCUCUUUGUGUCUGCGCUGAUGUCCUCAUUCUGGUUAGAUUGAUUGUUUCCGUGUGACUGAGCAUAUGUAGGUGUGUGUGUUUGAAGUGCUUGAUUCCUGCCUUGUGACUAAUCUUGCUGGGAUUGACUUCAGUUCCUUGCAAACCUAUACUGGAAAAAGGAAUGUUCUAGAAAUGAAUGGAUGAUUAAUGUAAAUGCUAUUGUCUUUAGAGUUUUUGGAGUUAAAGAGCAAACCCUGUAAUGGGUCACUGGGUCUUCCAUUAAAGAAUUAAAUGUAUCAUCGAACAAAGUUUAUCUUAAAAGUUUGAAAUAUUUUGAUAUUAAUUCCUGUUUAAAGGAUUCUUUGAGAAUUUUAAUACAAAUAAAUAAGAAAAGCAUGACUUGUAAAUUCAUAUUUCUUUAUUCUAUUACAAAUUUUUUAAAAGAUCAUUUUUAUGUUAUGAUUUAAGUCUUAUAAAUUCUAAUAUGCUUUUUAUAAAUAUUGGCAUGAUAUGAAAAUAAGUUGAAAAACAUAUUUGCUAUGAAUACAUUAAAGUUAAUAAUUUGCAAGAUAAGGUACAAUUACUGUAUACAGUAUAUCGAACUAUGUUAGGUUGUGCAAUACAUAAGUUUAAGCAUUGUAAAAUUCAUUUUAAAGCUGUUGGAACAUAUCCUGACAGUUAAAUGCCUUUUAAAGUAUGAAUAAUGCAGUUAUGCGAACUUUUUCGGAAGCAAUAUGUCUUUUGACCCCCCACUGUAUGAUAUGCCCUGUCACAGCAUUUUCUUUGCACCCUUUCUCUGUAUAUCAACUGAUAACUCAUUCCAAGAGUGGACCAGCGCAACCCUCCAAACUGUGUCAUGCUCUAAAAAUUCAGCCAUUCAACAACAGAGCCCCUGACUUCUUAUCUGCAGCUGGCUCCCAGAUCAAGGUGGGGAAAUGCUGGUGUCACAGUAAGCCCAUUUUAGUGGUAUGACAUCAUAAUCCUAAAUUCUACCCUUCAACUAAUCUACUACCUCAGAUAUACUUGCCAAACAGAAUUUGGAGUUCUUAGCCUUACUGAACACCCCAUUAACCAUCUGGAUCACUUUCCAGUCAUGGCAUUUUCCACUCAACACACUUUUAAGUACGUCUGAGCCUCCUUGAGAAAGGCUAGUCUGUGAUUAGCAACAUGCAGGUGUUUGGCUGUCCACAUCCUUGUCACUUCUUUAGCUACCUGAGAUCUCAGAGCGCACCUGCCAGCCUUAUUUCAGUGGUAAAUCUGAUUUUGUCAGGUUUCUCUUGUUCUUGGAACUCACAUCAAAGUUAAUAUUCUGACAUCAUAAAGCAGGGACUUUAUGCAAAAAGGCACACCAUUUCACAACCUUUAAUAAUGAUCUAAAAAAUUCUGCUUACCUAAGAAAUGAUGACAGAUUUGUUUUCUAAUAGACAGGAGUGUUUUGCACACAUUUUCAUAGGUGACAAAGGAAGAGUUUUGGUUUUUGUCCUCAUCCCUUUGAUGGGACACCUUGAUUGUCUUUUCAUGCAGCCCUGCUUUAUUGUCUUCAGAUGUUAAAAAUAAAACUGGGUAGCUAAAGUUAAAUAGGUGUCCUGGAACAACAACUUUGAUGUUGUUCCAGCAACAACAGAAAUCUGACAAAAACUGUGUCUGCCCAUGUCAAUACACAGACUCACAUAUUCAGUAAAAUCAAAAGAGAUGUUUUGUACAUUCCUGAAUGAAGUGCAUUCUAAACAGAUGGUCAAUUUCAAAUCUUGAUUGUUUUUUUAUAAUAUAAUUUUUGCAAGCUAUUAAAAUUUAUACUGUCUUUUGCAAUCUAUGUCUUGUAAAUUUCUUUUCCUCAUUUCUCUUACAAUAAAAAUGAUUUUGCAAAUUA